AUGCUUCGUCGAGCGGGGAGGAGAGCUUUGCAACAUUCGGAGCAGCGGCAGUUCGGGACGAACUCGUGCUCCCAAAAGCCGCUUUGUUUUUUUCUUCAAACUUCCGAGCGACGAGAACAAAGAGAACAACGGGAACAAUUUCAACAUCAUCAUCAUCGUCAACAGAAUCUGUAUUACACGAAAGGGAAAAAGUCGUUCACGACGAGUGCGACAGCCAAGAUUGGUCAAACGGGAGUUCCCGAGGAAUACGGACAACCGAAAACCGGAGGGACCGCGUUUUUAGGCACACCGAGGAACCAUCGAGAACUGUUGAACACACGUCCUCUGAGUCCAGACGUUCUGGACGUGGACGGGAAGAGCGCGCACUAUAAGUUUCCGAUCGUGGCGUUGUCCUCGAUUACCAACAGAGUCACCGGGUGCGUGUUGUCCGGAGCGGUUGGCGUAGGGGGCGUGAUCGCGUGCGUGGGAGGCCCAGAGGCGGUACCGGAAACCGUGGAGCUGUUUAAAUCGCAGUUUCCUUUGCUCGUGUUUCCAGCGAAAGCGAUGUUGAGUUUCCCGUUUGUGUAUCACGGCGUCGCCGGGUUGAGGCACGUGAUUUGGGACAUGAGCGUGUUUGGGAUCGAUAACGAAAACGCGAAGAAGAGUUCGAUGUUUGUGUUUGCGAGUAGCAUCGUAGGCGCGGCGGCCAUGGCGAGUACAAGCAUUUAA